AGAAAUAGUGACAUGACGACAAAUAAUUUUAUUUUUUAGUGUCCAAAAAGAUUGGAUAGCGAAUAACCAAUUCCAGCCGUUAAAUAUGAUUAGAUUCAUCACUUGCAGUAGCACUGCAAGCAGAUGAUGUCGAAUUUCGCUGUGAUUCUUCUUAUUAUUAUGGUGAUUGGAUACAAUGACAAUGCAUACGGUGUUGUUGAUGAGUAUGUACGAGAUGAUUUUCCGGCUGAUUUCGUUUUUGGUGCCGGAACUUCUGCCUACCAGGUUGAAGGAGCUGUGUUGGAAGAUGGACGUACUUACAGCAUUUGGGACACAUUUGCACAUGCAGGCAACUAUGAUGGAGCAAAUGGUGAUGUAGCAUGUGACGGGUAUCAUAAAUACAAGGAAGACGUUGAACUUAUGGCAGACACGGGUUUGGAGGCUUAUAGAUUUUCCAUCUCUUGGUCCAGAUUGAUCCCAAAUGGCAGAGGACCCGUGAAUUUAAAGGGAUUACAAUACUACAAUGAUCUUAUCGACAAGCUUAUCAGCCAUGGAAUACAACCACAUAUCACAUUACAUCAUGAUGAUCUACCACAGAUUCUUGAAGAUGAAUAUGGAGGAUGGCUUAGUAGAAAAGCAGUGUACAUUUCUAACUUCAACUUUGCUUUCAUACUACCUAUGGAUUCUGCCACUAACAUGAAAGACUUUGUUGCAUAUGCGGAUGUUUGCUUCAGAGAAUUUGGUGAUAGGGUUUUGCACUGGACUACGAUUAACGAAGCUAAUGUAUUUGCUUUAGGUGGUUAUGAUGUGGGCGUGUCGCCACCUGGACGUUGUUCUUACCCGUUUGGGACAAGUGUGUACAAGAUAAGUAAUUGUACUAAUGGUGGUGACUCUACAUCUGAACCAUACAUUGUAGGUCACCAUUUGUUGCUGGCACAUGCAUCGACAGUAAGACUCUACCGAAAAAAAUACAAGGCCACACAACAUGGUUUUGUUGGAAUAAAUUUGUUUGCGUAUUGGUAUGAACCUUAUUCAAAUACAAUUGAAGAUGUGAAAGCUACCCAAAGAGCACAUGAUUUCUAUUUGGGUUGGUUUUUGAAUCCAUUGGUGAACGGGGAUUACCCAGAAAUAAUGAAGAAAAACGCAGGCAAUCGAAUUCCAAAUUUUACCAAACAUGAAUCAGAGAGAAUCAAGGGUUCACUUGACUUUAUUGGCAUAAACCACUAUGCCACAAAUUAUGUCAAGGACAACCCCAGUAAUCUUGAAAUGGAGAUCAGGGACUUUCUUGCUGACAUGGCAGUAACACUUGUCUAUGGAAGUGCAAUCACUACAAAUGAGUUUGAGGUGGUUCCAUUGGGCCUGCAAAAGCUACUUAACUAUCUGAAGGAAGAAUAUGGAAAUCCUCCUAUUUACAUCCAUGAAAAUGGCCAAGUAGAAUCCCGUAAUGGAACAAUGACAGACACUCCGAGGGUAGAGUUCUUGCAUGCCUACAUCGGUGGUGUGUUGGAUACACUAAGGAAUGGAUCGAACACGAAGGGAUAUUUCGUUUGGUCUUUUCUUGAUCUUUUUGAGUUGUUGGAUGGCUAUACCACCGGUUAUGGUUUGUACUACGUUGACUUGAAUGACAAAGAGUUGACUCGAUAUCCUAAGCUAUCCGCACAUUGGUAUGCCAAUUUUUUGCAAGGAAAGAACACAAGUGGCGUAUUUGAAACUAUGAAUGUGAAAGAGACUUUGUCUUCUUCAUAUUAGCUUUUACCAUUCAUAUGUUGGAUUCGGAUAUUAUGUUGUCAUGUUUAAAUUUUGUUGUAUCAAACUUUCACUGUGUUACCAUUUGAUUCAAUUGACUAGUAAAAAGGUACCAUAAAAGGUUUGACCCUGUUGUUUUUUA